AAUCUGGCAAAGUUGGUGGAACUUACAAAGAGAAUGAACGACUCCGAAAGGAAGUGAAGAAGCUUGAAGAGGAGAAUAAUAUUCUGAAGCUAAAGUUCGAACUAAUGCUUGACAUGCUGACGCAAACGACAGCGGAGUCUAAUUUACAUGGCAAAGAACUCGACGCUCGUAAAGAUAAACCGUCACACUCGAAAAGUACUUAGAAAACUAUCGACACCGAUAGGUUGGAGAACCUUGGCCAACGUUUCAAAUAAAUCAAAGGAUUACAAAAAUGAGGAACAAUAUGAAGAGCCAUUGCGAUUCACCGGUAGUAAGGCUGAUACUUGGAUAGCUAUGAAAUCAAGAACGGGAAAAACAUCGGAUGAACCUUGGUACCAGAUGUACGUUGUGAUUGCGAGCACAGCUGCGUUUCUUAUAUAUUUCGGCAUUCUAAGGGAAGAAAGCGACAUCGAUAGACACUUUGAUUUAACGCUUUAUGAUCACAUAGAGGGUCUAGAAGAAGUUCAAUUAAGAACUGUCCUAAAGUUUAAUCGGGAACGUAAUCUUGAUACAAAAGAAAUAGAGGCAAGAUUGAGGGAAAUCGAAAAACAAAAAAUGGACAAAUAGUGUCUGCCGUAUUUAGUUGCAUUUAAUCCUACACUUCGAUUGUAUGUCUGAAAAAUUGAGUUCCGCUCUUGCUGUUAGUAUAAAUAAACGAGUGCUUCUUUUGUGGCAUGGAAA